AUGGAAGACAACCUAGAUGGUUCACAUCCGCUAGUCCAAGUCUUGCGGGGCUCUGUCUUUACUAUGGUUGAACAACACAAAAAGGAGAUGGACUCCGAAUCAGAUCACAUCGAAUCUCACGAGGAAAUUGUCUAUGAUCAUAAUGGGAGCAUUGAAAUUGUGAAAGCGGGCACACUCUGGGCAUUAGUGGAGAACUUGACGCGCCAUGAUAAGCUGGAUGCCUUUUUCAAUCGCACAUUUCUUACAACCUACAAAUAUUUUAUAUCAACGUCUGGGCUGAUCGACCUCCUAAUCGCUCGGUUUGACUGUUUACCAUCCAGCGAAGCCGAUACAACAAGGCCCCUUGUUCGACUACGUGUGAUCAACAUCUUUAAGCAGUGGCUCGAACACUUCUGGACUGAGCCUAAAGGUCCUGAGACCGACAAUAAUCUCUUAAAAUUACGAGAAUUUACAUCUCGCGCUGCAGCCGCCACGGAGACAAGUGCAGUGGCUCAACUACUCGGAAUCAUCCAACGCCGAAUGGCUGGUAUGUCCCACAUGAAAAUAUCUCGACCACCCAUCUCGAAUCCGCCUAAACCGAUUCUCCCACGAAAACUAGACAAGCUUUUGUUUCUCAAAAUUGACGCCAAAGAGCUUGCUCGGCAGUUGACUAUCAUGGAAGCACAUAUGUUCAACAAAAUACAACGGAAUGAACUCAUGAAUAAAGCCUGGCAAAAGAAGGAGAGCUUUUCAGCCCCUGCGCCGGCCCGAAACAUUCGGGCUUUGAUUCGAUAUUCUAAUCAACUCUCCAACUGGGUUGGCGCCUUGAUCCUUGCAGAAUCCGAAAUCAAAAAGCGGGCACAAGUAAUAGGACAUCUGGUGAAUAUAGCUAACAUAUGCUAUGAGCUUCAAAAUUACUCAGCAGUGGUCUCCAUUCUCUCAGGAUUCCAAAGCGCACCUAUCUACCGACUUACCCGCACAUGGGCCAUGGUCACCGAAAAGAGCUGCAACAUCUUAAGGCCAUUACAAGCCUUAACAUCAAGUACACAAAACUACAGCAACUACCGUGGGGCACUACGCAUUGCAGUACCACCCUGCAUCCCCUUUCUCGGGCUCUACCUUAAGGACCUGACUUUUAUCGAAGAUGGAAACCAGCCCUUAACACCAGAAGGCCUAAUCAACUUCCACAAAUACACAAUGCUAGCCGCAUCAGUCCACGAGAUACAGCGCUUCAAAGAAGCACAAUACUGCCUACACGCCAUACCCGAGUUACAAGAAUACCUCGCAUCCAAAUUACAGUCCGCAACCGGGCUGGACGAGAUGUGGGACCGGAGCUGCGAAUUAGAGCCGAGAGGACGCGGAGAAACACGACCUAGAGAUUUUUAUACCCCCACCGGAGGCAUGACGACGUCCAUGGUUGUUGCCUGUAUGGUCUUAGAUGAUUGA